AUGUAUCAUCCCAACCCGUCGCACAAGGAAAUCAAUGGGCACACAGUCACUCCCAAACAUUUCUAUGUGGACCAGCGAACUGGAUUUGUGCCGCCACAGAUGCCUCUGCGGAGGCUUUCUGCUGAAUGGGAGAUAUGGGAGGCUACUUUAGAUGUUGCGAAAUCACAGAAACUCAAGGCAGCUGAACAGGCUCUAUCGUUGGAUCCUCAACCGAAAAUAAUCGAGGAGGAGAAAGCACGGGCAUGGAGGAAGACUGUUGAGAAAGUACGGAUGGAAGUUCCGUCAAUGAGCACACCUCUGAUUGAUUCUUGCCAGAUGCCGGUCUUAUCGAUCAACAAUCUCAAAGGAUACGAAAGGGAGCUCAGAAGAGCACAUCUUGUCCUUGCGUUCAUAGUUCAAUUCUAUGCACAUACCGUUCCCUCAACGGAGCCCAUCACUGUUCCUCGGUCGCUCACCGUCCCUCUUCUCCGGGUCUCUAAGGAACUUCAGCACGCCCCUUAUAUUACCUAUUCUGAUCACGCUCUUAACAACUGGUCUCACAAAGAACCACGCGAGGAAGGAGCCCUUCCGACAAGCGAUAACCUCCAGGCCCAGAUCACGUUUACUGGGACCCCAGAUGAGAACGAAUUUCAUAUGACGGACAUCCGCGUAGAACUGAAAGGCGCCGAAGCUGUCGAAUUGAUGAGGUUGGCCACAGACGAGAUUGUAAGUAGCGUUAAUCCCAAUGUUGGGCGAAUUACGGGGUACCUCAAACGAGCGGCUGCUGUUAUUGAGCAGAUGAAAGAUGUUUUGAUGAGUACCAAGAAACUAGUUAAACCUGAAGCAUUCUACUACGGAAUCAGUCCAUGGCUUGUGGGGGCUGACGCUGAUUCUUGGAAUCGAAAAUGGGUGUGGGAAGGUUGCCAGGAAGUUGAGGGCUCGGCAGAAAUGCUGACAAAGAUUAGUGGUCCGACUGCGGCCCAGAGCCCUCUGGUCCCAACUCUGGACGCAUAUCUCGGGCUAGAGGAGGACGAGAGCAAGAGCGCUUUCCUGGAUCGCGUUCGUAUUUAUAUGAUUUGCGACCAUGAGGCGUUUCUUCAGCACCUUAGAUCAAAUGGUCGCCCAAUUCGUUCCUUCGUUCAGAAAUUAUCUAGGGAGCAGGGUGCGGAUUCGCCAGUUGUGACCGCAUAUGAUGCUGCUAUCAACGCGAUGAAGGGAUUUAGAGAUGCACACCUCAUUAUCGUGACGUUGUAUGUCAUAAUUCCUGCCAGAGAAGCCAAAGCGAGGGCUGGAAAUCCUGGAGUGGGUGUCACUAUGUCAGCUAAAUCGCCUGGUACCGAAGCUGGGCCAGAGGGGAAGAUGGAAGACGAAAGGUCGGCGAAUGUUGUUCCCGGAAAAAGUAACAGACACACUGGGAAGGCAGCAUCGAAAGGUAAAGGGUCCCAGCUGAUGGAAUUUUUGAAGGGAUUUAGGGACCAGACAAACCAUGGUCGUGUCGGUUAA